AUGUUUGUGUCUAUUUUGGGUCCCGACGUGAACACAACUGAUCCCAAGUUGAGUGUUGACACGUGUUUGCACGCAAUGGUCAAAGCAAUUGGUCAUCACUUCUUGGCGGACGAGAGGGACCGCAAGUAUUACGCCGACUCUUACUCG